UCAUAAGUCGCUACGGUUGGAGAUGCAGCAGUUGUCAGGGGAAUGGCGUCCCUCGAAAGUCCAGUCAGCUGCACGUUCACUUCAAGACGCACAACUAAGGAAGCUAGCAGAUAAAUUAUAAUUAUUAUAAGCAGACACUGGAAGACACUCACAACAGGGAUUUUGAGGAGAAUGAAUUACAAAAUGGUGCUUCGGCGCAGCCGCUCGCAGGAUACUAGAAGCUGCGCAGUUGCUAUAAUCACGCGUCUUGAUGUAAACAAGAGAGUGAAUGUUGACAGCUGGAAGUGCUGAGUAAGCCAGAGUGUCAAGCUACCACAAACCGGAGGUACGCUUAUAAAUCUUCCGAGAAAUGCUUUAGACGCAGUUUAAGUGCGCGGAUGCUUAAUCAUAUUUUGCUGUCUGUGCAGUUAAUAAGCUUGUUACAAAAAUACCGUUUUAGCAGGUUAGCGAGUCAGCUACUCUUCUGGAUGACGUCUGUUUUAAUUUUCUAUCUGUCAAAUACCUGCCAAAUACCAGUUAUGGCUUGUAUUAUAAUAUUCUUUUGAAAACAGGUUUACACAGUGUAGUUUAAACAGACCAAUCAAAAUCUUGUCUGCCAAAAUGAUGGAACCCCAGGACAAUAUUGAGGAGGAUGACACCGCAGCAUCAGCAUCAGCCUCAUCAUCAUCACCGCCACCGCGAUCUCUGCCCCGUCAGCGCGUCUCUCUGCAGAAGAGCAGCGUGUGUUCUCGCUCCUACUUUAUGGUGGUGAUGGUUUUUUUCCAUGUUUAUAUAAUCAAUGUCAUUGCACUUCUGCUCUAUGUUCAUUAUAAUAACGGCUCUAACGCGAUAACGGCAAACCGGGAUUUUACAAGCAGAGACAACAGUCAUAAAGUUACCGGACAGUCAAAUCCCCAGACCCCUGCAGACUCGGGGUUCCCUCGAAAUAUGUAUCUCCCCCGCAUUGAAGGAAUACGGGUGGGACAUGUCCAAAAAGUGUCACUGGUGCCAGGGAAAGUCCAUGAAAUGAAGACACUCAGUCUAAAGCCCCUUCUGUUUGAGAUCCCUGAGUUUCUGUCAGAGGAGGAGUGUGGUGUUGUUGUGCGUCUGGCUCAGCUGAAGGGUUUGAUGGAGAGUCAGGUCAUGGUCCCCGAAGGUCAAGAGGAACUUAAUCAGCAGCUCAACCUCACUCCUGAGGAAAUCUUCAAUUUCCUUGACCUCAACCAAGAUGGCCAACUGCAACCACAUGAGAUAUUGACACACUCUAGAGUGAGAGAUGGAAUCUGGUUAACUUCUGAGAACCUAAAGGAAAUCUAUGAUGGCCUGAAGGUUGAUCAGGAUGGAAAUGGUCUCUUAAAUUUAGAGGAGUUUAGGCGUCUGAAAAGUGAUGCCUUUCAGCGUUUUCUCCUACAGCGUGGGGUGGAGAGGAGCCAGCUGGUGAGGAACAGCAGACACACCUGGCUCUACCAGGGUCAGGGAGCACAUCAAGUUCUUCAAGACCUCCGCAAAAGAGUCACUACUUUAACACGACUACCAUCCUCACUGGUGGAGUUAAGUGAACCUCUGCAAGUGGUGCGUUACGAGCAGGGUGGCCAUUACCAUGCUCAUCAUGACAGUGGGCCAGUGUACCCUGAAACAGCCUGCACACACACUCGCCUCGCUGCCAAUACCACCUCCCCAUUCCAGACGUCCUGCAGGUACAUCACAGUUCUGUUUUACCUUAAUAAUGUAGAAGAAGGUGGGGAGACCACCUUUCCAGUGGCAGAUAAUAGGACUUACGAAGAAGCGUCACUGAUACAGAAUGAUGUGGAUUUGUUGGACACCAGGAAACAUUGUGAUAAAGGCAACCUGAGAGUGAAGCCCAUUAAGGGGACGGCAGUUUUCUGGUACAACUAUCUCUCCGACGGUAGAGGUUGGGUUGGUGAACAGGACGAGUAUUCUCUUCAUGGUGGCUGUGUGGUGACUCGAGGGACUAAGUGGGUUGCCAAUAAUUGGAUCAAUGUUGAUCCAGACUACCAGCGGCAGGCACGCUACCAACAAUUAGUUUCUCAACAACAAGAGCAAGAAGAAAUCAUUUCAGAACUGAACUCGGACCAGCACAUAGAAAGACACCAAGACUUGUAAACACAUACAUAAAUCCAGGUACUACAAUGCACAUAUAAACACAUUCACUUCUGUGUUACAAUCUAUAUAUAGUCACUCAAUCCAGACACACAGUUCAUUACCAGCAGAAAAUCACUAUACACACACACAUCACUGCAUCACUCAUACACCCUGAAGCACUGACCUCAUACAAACAAACACAAAAACACACUCGUCCUUUGUACUGUAUGUUUGGUUCGCUCUUCCCUACAUACACAAAUGCACACUAUAGAAAUGUAGCCCUACCAACAUUUCCUUUUAGAACUGAAUGAGCUUUACGUGACCUCCAACGCUCCCCGUGUCGGAGCUGUAACAUUUGUUGGUUUGGAUUCAGGGAUAAGCAGCCUGAGCUUUAUGCAAUUGUGAAAGACAAUGCUACUGUUCUUAAUGUAGAUAUUUGAAGGCAUUAUUAUUUAUUUUUUCAUGGGAAUGCAGCCAUAUUCGACAACUUUGUUUACAUAUAGGAUGACACUCUACUGUAUCUUCCAAAGGCCGUACACACCGCAGCUAAUUGGUAAUGCAGUAAUAGUAAACAGAAGUGCAAACGAGUGUAUGUGUAGCUCUUCCCAGUAUGUGUUUUAACUAGCAAUUUUGGCACUUGCAGCAAAUAAACUGCUGCGCUAAAGCAACUUAACAGUUGCUGGAGGAUGUAGUGUGUACUGGCCAAAGAGUGUUGAAAAAUGUAUGUUAUUGCUUUCUACUGAAGUGACAUUUGAACAUCUAAAUCACCAAACACGUGUGGAACGUUAUCUGCAGGGACACUCUAGUUCUGUCAGUGGACUACAGGUUAGUUUAAUCAUAACUAUUAACAAAAAAUGAUUAAGGGUUUUAACCUUGAAACAUCUAGUCAGCCUCCAUCUCUGCCAGGAUGUUUCUUACACUUAUUCCCUCUCAGAUGUUCCUGAAAAGAAGCAUGUAAAACUUGCACAAUCUUGUAUGACUUUGACUUGGAUUUCAGUAACUUAUUUUGUAAAGUUUUUUCUUUGUUAAUUGCAGUGCAUCCAAAGACUGACUGAAGUUAACUUAUUUUAUUUAUUUGUCGGAAUUGAAUCACAUUGUUGCUGUUGAAAUGCACACAAUCACUUUGUCAAAUAAAUUAUUAAAAUGACCAAUCAGAGACUAGGUUGCUUAAUUAAAAAAAUGCAUUUUCUGUUUUAACAUUUGACAUUUUGCAAACAGAUUCUCAUUAAAUGGUAUCUGUAUAAUUCACAACAGUCCUUUACUAGUAAACUGAAACCAAAAAAUAAAUAACAGACAUGUUUCAUUAUUGUUAGCUCCUGAGCAAAAUUCUAUCUCAAACUUCAUGGAGAGCUUUAGGUUGUAUAUAAAUCAGAAGAGCUUGUAGAACAAGAAGAAGAAAUCAGAUGACUUCUGUUAUAGUCGGGUCCCACUCAUAUCC